AUGCAGGCGCGAGUGGCUACACCGCUGCUGCUGCUGCUGUUGCUGCUGCUGCUCAUGGCGGGGCCGCCGUGCGCCGCCAGCCGGCAGAGUGCAACGCUGCUGAAAGUGACGGUGCUCACGCGCAACGGGGCCCGCGGGUUGUCGCGCCUGACGGACGGGAAAAUGAGCUGUGACGACUGCGAGUUAUCCGCCGCGGGGCGAGAAGUGUCGCUCCGCCUCGGUGCCUUUCUGCGCUCGCGCUACGGCGAUGCACUGGGCCUUGGCACGCACUUCAACACGACACGCGUCUCCGUCCGCGCGGCGCAGACCGCACGGACCAUCGCCACGGGCCAGGCCGUCACACUGGGGAUGUUCCCCCGCGCCCUGCCGCUGGUGCGCUCCCGCCCCGCAGAGGACGACGCGUUGCUGGCCGUCACGCAGAGCUGGCCUUCGUGGAUUCUGCAGGAUGCGUGGAGGUCGAAGGCGCACCUUGACGACGCGUGGGCGGCGGAGCGGCUGACGCCGGCGGCCCGCGGGACGCUUUCCCGCUUCCUCCCGCCAGGCAGCGCGGGGCUCUGUGAGCGCUCCCCCUCGCUGUGUGCGCUGUACGUCUACGACAGCUGGGCCGCCAACGCCUCCGCGGGCCGCCAGGACGCCGCGCUGCGACCGCUGCUGCCCGCCGUGCAGGCCGUCAGCCGCCGGCUUCUCUGGCGCCUGUACGGCGCCGACCCGCGCGACCCCCAGAGCCGGGAGAUGGGGCCGUUGGCUGGCCCGCUGCUCCGCGAGGUGCUCGCCGGCCUCUCCGCCUCCGACAACGACAGCAGCAGCAGCAGCACUCGUCUGGCCGUCUACGUCGGGCCCAUGCCGGUGGUGUUCGCGGCGCUCAGCGGGCUUGGCCUCUUUGGCGCGACGAACACGCUGGAAGAGAACGCCCCGCCUCUGCCACAGUUUGGGGACGCGAUCGUCUUUGAGUACGCCGCCGCGGGCGCCGAGCACUACGUGCAGGUGUACCAGUUCACGUGGACCGCAGACGGCGGCAGCGCCGGCGGCUACGUGGACAGGCGGCUCGACGUCACCUGCAUGGACGCGGCGGGCACCACCUACGCGUCUGGCACCGCGGUGCACGGCUGCAGCGUGGCGGACCUGCGGCGCUACCUCGACUCGCUUGGGGCCGCCGAGGGUCGGUGCUUCGCCACCGCCGCCGAGCUUGCGGCGGCUGACUGCCUCAGCGGCAAGGCGCCCCCUGCCGGGUCCAUCUGCCACAUGUACCGCGCCAAGUGCCCGGCGGCGGCGUGCGGCGGCGUUCCUGAGGCCAUCGCCGACCCCUCGCGCGGCUUCGCCUGCGAGGACGCGGAACUGUACAAACACACCCCGUACCUCGCAGCGGCGAUCGUGGCGGUCGGGGCGCCGUGCCUUCUUGCCAGCUCUAUUUUAGGGCUCUACCUCUUCGACCGCGUUCGGCGCUGGCCCUGCUUCCGCAAGCGGCCCACCGAGCUGUAG